UUUGCCGUCCGCCGCCCGCUUCUGAGAGUCUGAGGACUGAGGUUCGGUACCCCUGCAGUGCCCUCUGGACGGGAUUCUGCCUGCGCUGAGCGGGGCUCGGGGAUGAAGGCGAGUCCGGAGCCAGGGAAGCAGCAGCAGCAGCAGCAGCAGCAGGGCCAGGUGGCACCGGCUGCGGCUGCGGCUGCAGCGGGGAAGGAGCCCGAUCCACGCCGGGCAAGGGACGGCGCCAAGAGCGAGGCGACGGAGGCGGAGCGGCUGCGCACCCGGGAGCGGCUGGAGGCCACCCUCGCCGGGCUGGCCGAAUUGGAAUUUCUGCGCCAGCGCCAGGAGUUGCGCGUCAAGCGGCUACUGGCCGCCGCGCCCGCCGCUUCCCUGGCCGGGGUCUGCUCCGGGGAGACGGCGAGAGGUGGAGCCGGAGCCGGGAUCGCCCCGCGCAGCUUGGAGGAGAAGUUCCUGGAGGAGAACAUCCUGCUCCUGCGGAGGCAGCUGAACUGCUUAAGAAGAAGAGAUGCUGGCUUAUUAAACCAAUUGCAAGAAUUGGACAAACAGAUCAGUGAUUUGAGGCUGGAUGUUGAAAAGACAGCAGAUGAACACCUAGACAUGGAUAGCCGUCCCAGCUCAGGGUUUUAUGAGCUGAGUGAUGGGGCUUCUGGAUCUCUCUCCAACUCGUCAAACUCUGUUUUCAGUGAGUGUUUAUCCAGUUGUCACUCCAGUACUUGCUUCUGCAGCUCUUUGGAUGCAUCCCUGAGUAGCUCUGAAGGUCGGCCCAAGUCUGCAGAUUUCAUCAGCUGGCUGGAGCAUAACAAAGGAAUCCAACACAAUGACACAGUGGGGAUGGCCUCUUGCUCUCCAAUGCCACACUCAGAUUCUCUUGACAUUGUUGCAGAUGUACAUCCAAAAUAUCAGUGUGAUCUGGUGUCUAAAAAUGGAAAUGAUGUAUACCGUUAUCCCAGCCCCUUACAUGCUGUUGCAGUGCAGAGCCCCAUGUUUCUUCUGCCGGUGACCAGUAAUCCCCCAGGAGAAGAAGAAGAAGAAAGAACCAGUGGCAAUGCUGUUGAUGUUUGUGCUGAAACUGAACUCAACUCAGAAAAAACAGUUGAUUCUUGCCUCCCACACAUCUCUCAUUCUCCAUCCUGUCCUUUGCCCAACAGAAAAAUGGAUGGAUAUAUCUUAAGCCUUGUACAAAAAAAGGUCCCUUCAGUUAGGACUAAUAAACCAAGAACGAAUUUGAAUGCAGACCUGGCCAAGGGGAUUUUGAGACAUGGAAGCUUGUGUCUUCGGCAGAUGGCUGGUGUUGCUUCUAGCAAUACCACUAACAUUAAGAAUCUCAAUCAGUCACCUUCACAUUCCGGUGAAACCAGCCUCACCCUAGAUAACAGUGCCUUUUCUCCCAUAAAACAGCAUUCAAGAGAAAUAGAGCAUAUGGAGUUAAAAAAGAUACCUGCACCUGCUGUUUUCCCACCAAAUGCUAAUAAUGAUCAAAGCAAGCACACAAUGAGGAAUGUCAAAACUCAAGAAGUGAUGCGAUCCCCUGUGACUAAAAGUGAUAUUCCCAGGGAAAGUGGUCAACUCUUUUUGACAUGUCCUAAAGAAAGCCCAGGACAGCACAUAACAACCUUGAAGGAAAAGAAAGCCAUCCAGCUUCCCAAAAAGCUAUCAUUUAAAAGCAAUGAGAUGCAGUCAGCUUGCUCUGUUUUGUCAAGUCAGGACAGCAGACCGUUCGUGGAAUUUAAGAGCGAGGGGUCAUCAUCUCAGAGUCUGGAGGAGGGAUUGCUAGUGAAUGCCCAGUUCAUACCUGCUCAGCCACAAACAGUCAGACUUCACAAAGGCACCAGGAGUGUCAAAAUUCUCAAAAGUUCUAUGGUGAAACACAAGUCUCAUCUUGUCACAGUGCUGGAAAAUGGACCUCAGGCUGGACGUGAGAGGGCCAAACCUGUGGGCAAGAAGUGUCACUUCCUGGAUGACUUGGAUACAAAUAAGAAGGCAAGAAAGACCACUUUGAGAGGGAAGAAAGGUAUCCAUCCGCAGCCAGAUGCCAACCUUCUGAGUCGGCAGCCAGGCGUAUUUAAGACUGUGAUGAGGCCCCAUGGACACGGCAGGGAAACAGUGGUGGCCAAGCCCAAGCACAAGCGUGCUGACUAUCGGCGCUGGAAACUGUCUGCAGAGGGGUCUUAUGAAGACGCCCUUAGGAGGGCAAGGAGGAACAGGAGAGAAGCUAUUGGAGCCUAUUCACGGAUUCCGCAUCCUUAUAUUAGCCCCUAUGCCUAUGUUGCUAGUGACUCAGAAUAUUCGGCUGAAUGUGAGUCCCUCUUCCACUCCACUGUAGUGGACACCAGCGAGGAUGAAAGGAGCAACUACACCACCAACUGCUUUGGGGACAGUGAAUCCAGCUUAAGUGGAGUGGAGUUUGUUGGUGAAAGCACAACCACCAGUGACUCAGAUGAAAGCGGGGGCCUCCUUUGGUCCCAGUUUGUUCAGACACUUCCUAUCCAGGCAGUGGCUGCUGCUUCAGAGCUCCAUGAAAAUGCAGCCAAAGCCUUUGUUAAGAUUAAAGCAUCCCAUAACCUUAAGAAGAAAAUCCUCCGCUUUCGGUCUGGCUCUCUCAAACUGAUGACUACUGUCUAACUGCAUAUGAAAAAUAAAUUAUAGCAGCAGUGAUAGUAGCAUCUCUGCCAAUUGGCAAACCGUGUAUGUGUAAGGGAAGUGGGUGCCAGGAUUCUGGUGGGCCUUGGGCACGUUUCUUCAGGACUCGGGAGCUGUGCAGCAGAGUUGGCUCCAAGAGCGCCUUAACGGGCUGUCAUCAGAGCUGCCUGCCUGAACAGCUUGAAGAGCAGGGCGAGCAACUUUCCUGUGACUGGAGCGCACACGUUUGUGCAUGCCUGCUUUUUGGACUAUAGAGGGUUUGCCCAGAUCAAGCAAGUGAGGGAAGGGCAAGUCCCACAGGGUGACAGCGUUGUGCCAUUCCAAGGUUUCCACAUCUUUUCCAGCUUCAGAGGUCAGUUUAAGAAUCACCACUGUAAGGUUAUCCCAGGUUAAGGAAUGAUAACGUUUUUGGGAUAGGGCCAAAUAUUGUAAACUUG